CAAAUCUACAAGCGUGAGGAUCGUUCUUACUAAGUAUCCCACGAAUUGCUAUCAACAAAUAUCGUACGUUACAACUGAGUGCGGGCUCGUAAAUGUAUACCUUCCACGGUGUGCAAUGGAUUAAACGAGUGUGAGACGGGCUUAGCGAAUUACAACAUCGGUGGAAGCUGAAAAGUGCAUCUUCAAACAGAUUCCCCCUAAUUACUUCACUUCUAGUCAUCUCGCUAGUCGAAUCGGAGGUUCCUUUCGAUUAUAUUUAUGUUCACAUGUUCUAACUAACCGGCUUGAAAUAAGUGCAACUCAUUACAACGGAUUAGUGACUGUCGAAAUGAAGCGACUAGCUGGAUUUCUGAUACUAGUACUCAAUGUGGUGGAGUUCUAUUUAGUAAAAGCACAAUAUCCACAGUCACCCUGUUCGGAUGUUUUCAGUUAUCAAGUGGAUCCCACAACUAAUCAAAUGUAUGGUUACAUCGCAAUCCGUGACGUCCACUUCGGCCAAACAGUAAAACUACGCGUCGAUUUGUCCAUCGCAGACCACAUAGCACAGAACAACGUUGGCUCUAUCACACUGGUGAAAUCCCGCGAGGAAACUGCCAAUGACAUUCUCCGAGGAUAUUCCGCUCAGUAUCGCGUGAACUUCCCCCAGUCGCACGUUCUUCCAACGGUACUCUCCAUUUCCGUCAAUGGGCAGACACUUUGUUCCGGGUAUCGCGCGCAAGGUCGCGUCAUCACCACAAUAAACCUCGAACAUACUUUGUACACUCGGUUAGAAGCUCAAAAUGGACCAAUUGGUUCAUUUGAUCGGUUUGAUCCAUUUGAUUCAAACAGCUUCUCUCAUGAACGGCCAUAUGAACCAACCAGGAUAAAUGUCCGACCGCAACCCGCUUUUCCACAAUUAACCGUUUCGAGGCCCAACCCUUGGACCACGGGGAUAACACGCCCGCAGUGGCAGACAUCACCACCACAGAUCCGAACGACUACACCGAGGCCACGUCCUGUCGUCAUACAACCUCAAACAACACGUCCGCCUGUGCAAUUCUCUACCCCUUCUAACAUCAUGGCAUCAUCGGAUCGCGUAUGCGGCAAACCGGUGAAGUCUUUCCUCAGCAAGCUCUCCUUCAACGGUCAAGUGUCGGAGAAAGGACAAUUUCCUUGGGCAGUGCCAUUAUUCGAUCGUAUUAAUGGCGCAGAUCCGAAGUACUUAUGUGGCAGCACAAUCAUCACCAGAAAACAUUUGAUCACGGCAGCCGUAUGUGUAUUCGAAAGUGGGAAGCUGUUCAGGACAGACCAAAUUGUUUCAAUGCCCGGACUGUAUAAUUUGGACAUCAUAGACGAACAUGCCAGAAUCGCCGAGGCUGAUGCUAUCAUUCCACACCCUGAUUAUGUACCGGAGGGGGAAUUAAGUGACUCCAAUGUCGCUGUGCUACGUUUGAAGAAAAACUUAGAAUUUUCCGACUACAUCCUUCCCAUUUGCCCCUGGGACGGCGAAAACGACUUACAGAAAAUUGUUGCCCAAGACGGCAUCAUGGUGGGCUGGGGUGUAACCGAAACCGGACCACCGACUGUGGCCACUUUUGUCAAACAAACGAUCGUUGAACCACGCCAAUGCAGCGAAAGUUUAUCUCGAGUAUUCUCAAGCAGUGCACGAGUUUUCUGCGGAGAUGGACGUGGAUCCGCUCCGUGCAUGGGUGACUCGGGUAGUUCCCUGGUAUUGAAAAAGGGAUCACGCUACUACCUUCGCGGGAUUCUUUCAAACGCACAAGUGGAUCCUGAUACGCUCAAAUGUGACGUGACAAGAUAUGCGAUUUACAUCGAUAUUGCUUACUUCCGGUUUUGGCUUAACACUGUCAUCAGCUAGUGAAGAUCACUCUUACUUUAUACUUUAACAUGUUAACUUGAUCUAGUCUAAGUUAAGCUUGUGUUUAACAAAGCUAAAAAAAAUAGGAACUGACUCGUUGUGUAACUACUUUCUAGUACUGAGAUUCAUAACUCACGAACUGAGCUUCAUUAAACUUCAAUUCUGUUUCAUUA